AUGUCGUUACCAAGUUUGACGCCUGAUCUUUAUGGCACCAAGAAGAAUACUGGUUUACCAAUGUAUGUUAAAGCCACUUCCUCGUCUUUCUUUCACGUCAUGUCUCCUUACGUUGAUACUAACCCUUUAUUAACUAGAUUCAACAAAUUCACCCCCAGGAAGCAGUCAAAUCGCACCCUAAUUAAAAAAGUCUUGUAUGUACUUGUCGCUUUACUACUCACCUACACCAUUUAUUCCAAAAUUAUCGUUGGUGACAAGAGCCCGAAACUUCCACCAUUUGCAAAGUCGGACAUAGAAAAAAACAUAGAGCUAGAAAUAGAGCUUCAGCGACAACAACAGGAAGAGGACCAGCUCAAUGAUGACCAUCAGACGUUUAAAGUUACCAAAGACGGAGUACAAGAAGUUACCGAUCCAAUGGAGAUUACCACCGAUGAUUUGAAAAAAAGCAACGUGGAAUACUUUGACUUGAAUGAUUAUCAAGGGUCCUCUGAUGGAAACAGCAAGGGCGAUGUUGUGCUUUUCCUUAUGCCUUUAAGAAAUGCUGAGCAUGUAUUGCCUAUGGCUUUUUACAAUUUGAUGAAUUUAACCUACGACCACCUGUUGAUAGAUAUUGCAUUCCUUGUAUCUGACUGCUCCCCCGAUGACACCACUUUGGAAACUGUAUUUAAGUAUUCAAUGGCGUUGCAGAAUGGAACUUUGGUUGAUUUAUUGAAAAUAGAGGAGCAACGACAAAAUGGAGCUCAAGUCAAGGGCUCAAAUGAUUUGUAUCAGUCAUACAUGGAACCCUCAUAUAUGGAAAGUGUCAGAAAGGCGUAUAGUAACCCAGAAACCCAUCACAAAAACUACAGGACUCCUUUCAGAUCGGUCACCAUCUUCAAGAAAGAUUUCGGACAAGUGAUUGGACAGGGGUUUAGUGAUCGUCAUGCAGUUAAAGUCCAGGGUAUACGGAGAAAACUUAUGGGUAGAGCCAGAAACUGGUUGACAUCUAGUGCAUUGCGGGCAGAUCAUUCUUGGGUGUAUUGGAGAGACGUUGAUAUCGAAACAUGUCCAGGAAAUGUUAUUGAAGAGCUUAUGCUGCAUGAUUACGAUGUCAUGGUUCCCAACGUCUGGCGCCCCUUGCCCACUUUUUUGGGCAAUGAACAACCUUACGACUUGAACUCGUGGAUCGAGUCAGACGCAGCUUUGGAUCUUGCAAAGACUUUGGCUGAAGACGAUGUCAUUGUCGAAGGAUAUGCCGAGUACCCCACAUGGCGUGCCCACUUGGCGUACAUUCGUGAUGCCAAUGGUAACCCCCGUGAUGUGAUUGAUUUGGAUGGAGUAGGAGGAGUAUCCAUUUUGGCGAGAGCUAAGAUCUUUCGCCAAGGAGUUCAUUUCCCAGCGUUUACAUUCUUGAAUCAUGCCGAAACUGAGGCGUUUGGGAAAAUGGCGAAAAAGAUGGGGUUCCGCGUUGGUGGGUUGCCGCAUUACACAAUUUGGCAUAUUUAUGAGCCAAGUGAGGAUGAUUUGCAGAAAAUAUCGAAAUUGGAGAGAAGUCGAAGGAGGAAAGCUAAACAUGGUGAUUGA